AUGGCCUUCACACUGGCCUUCCUAGUCUCCGCUGUUGCCGCACGCCGACCGGCAAACGCUUCUCGAGCCACAAGCCAGGAGCACAAGAUCGAGGCACCGCCCGAUGCGGUGGCCACCCCUCGUGGGUCGACUGACCUCUUCUCCUUCUCAAGUGAGAUUCCCGACUGGCGGGGCGCCUGCGCCUCCGUUGACCGCGCCGACCUCGAGGUCGAGCAGGCCGAGCUCGAGCGGAGUGACCAGGCACUCGGCGACCCGCAGUGCACUCGCCACGGAGAGAGCGAGGCACCCGACAUGGACACGGCCGGCAGCGCUCCCUGGUACCGCCUUGUGGGUUCCCUCGUGCACGAGACUGAGGCGGUGCCCAUGCCUCUGCCGGUUCCGCCAAAGACCGAGUUAGCGGAGGCGCAGCGCAGCGAGGCGUCGAGCCUCUUGCGGAACUACAACACGCCACAGGAUCUAGUUCGGCCCACGGAGGUCUGCGCCACUCAGAUCGCCGACUCGAAGACGGCCGAGUUGACCGAUCUCUUCUCCAUUUCAAGUGACUUUGCCGGCUCGUGGCCGCACUGCGCCUCCUUCAUCUGGGCCCAGCGCGGAGCCGCCGCCGCCGUUGCGUGGCACGCGGAGCCUCACCACGCGCUCACCGACGAGCUCUACAAGACCGACGAGCCGCUUGCGAACCCGCCGGUCGACAUCUUGCUCUCCAUCGACCUGCCCUCCCCGUCCCACUUUCCCUUCAUCAGCGGACAGUCCUCUUCCGCGCCUGGCCGCACCCGGCAGCGCAUUCAGGUUUGGGCCGCCCUCUUGCUGCUCGGAGCGUUCGGCGUGCUGCUGAGCGAGUGGGUGUGGCCGCCGCGCUUCGGUGCGGCCUUGGUGCGCUGGAGCAACUCGGGAGGGCGCCUCGUGCAGUGCCGGACGGGGUCGAGGCGCGGCGCGUGGCUGCUUCUCCUCGCGGUCAAGAAGAAGAGGGUGGAGGGCCGCAGGCACGCAGCUAGCUCCGUGCACUGGCUCGCCAGCACGCGUGCUCUCCGAGUUGGCAUUGUGAUCAUCUUCUUCCUGCAGGGCGUAUGCGGCACACCAGCGGCACCGCUGCAGCCCGUCAGCGUCAGCAGCCCGUGCUCGCUCACCGACGGCGGCUUGUGCGCCACGUCGCCAAACUACCCGAACAGCUACGGCAUCAACGAGGCGUGCACCAUCAGCGGCGUGCCGCUGGUCGAGCUGGAGACGGUCGCCUUUAAUGUGGAGGCGGGCGACGGCUGCCGCUACGACUAUCUCACCGUCAACGGCGUCAAGUACUGCGGCACCUCGGGGCCGAGUGGCGCGGUGGCGGAGGACGGCGUCAUUACGUGGCGAUCGGAUGGCAGCGGAGACGCUAUUGCCAACGUCUCAAUCUACCUGCCGCCCGGCGACGUCGAGAUCAUCGAGUCGAUGAUCACAAACUGCAGGGCUGACUAUUCCGGCGGCGUCGUCUUCGCGCGGGACAGUGGUGCGGUCUCGAUAAUAAACUCCACUGUGACUGGCUGCUCGGCUGGCCAGGAGGGCGGCGUCGUCUACGCGAUUGACAGCGGUGCGGUCUCGCUAAUCGGCUCGCCCGUGACGGGCUGCUCGGCUGAGCACGGCGGCGUCGUCAGCGUGUAUGAGAACAGCGGUGCGGUCUCGAUAAUCGGCUCCACUGUGUCGGGCUGCUCUGCUAUUUGGUACGGCGGCGUCGUCUUCGUGUAUGAUAACAGCGGUGCGGUCUCGAUAAUCGACUCCGAUGUGAGGGACUGCUCGGCUGGCCAUUCCGGCGGCGUCGUCGACGCGUUUAACAGCGGUGCGGUCUCGAUAAUAAACUCCACUGUGACUGGCUGCUCGGCUGGCCAGGUGCGCCGCGUAGAGCUAGCCGCACUCCUGCAGAGCCGCACGGCAGCGGGGCGAGAGAUGGAGAAGGGCCACGGCUGCCUCACCCCGCUCUCUCCUCGCAACCGCAGUCCGGCGGCGUCGUGGCCCUGA